AUGACUUCAUCAACCCUUUCUCAACGCAUUCCUCCCGACUCUUGGGACUCACACAUGCACAUUGUCGACGUUGAGAACUACACCCUUGAUGCUUCAGCCAAAUACCGUCCUACAUCUCACAGUCUGGACCAAGCUCUCGCUUUUGAAACUAGCGUCGGGCUUCGAAACAUAGUUCUCGUUCAGCCAUCUAUCUAUGGCCUUGACAACUCGUGUCUGCUCGAUGGUCUGCGUGCCCUUGGUGCUGACCGUGGACGAGGCGUUGUUGCUAUUGACCCUGAGGUUGUUAAUCAAGAAGAGCUGCGUUCUUGGCAUGAACUGGGUGUGCGUGGAGUGAGACUCAAUAUCCUCUCGAAUGAACUUACUAUUGAUGCAGCCGAGUUGGAGAGGCUGUUGAUGCUUUACGCCGAUGCUGUGAGACCCUUGGGAUGGGUUGUUCAGGUCUAUGUCCCUAUGGAUAUGGUUACUCUCCUUGAACAUAUCAUUCCGAAGCUCAACGUCAAGUUCUGCAUAGACCAUCUUGGACAACCACCUCUGAACAAAUACACAGGCGCGGAGCCAUACGACAUACCAGGCUUCUCGUCCCUCAUCAAUUUACUCAAAAACGGCCAGACAUAUGUCAAACUGUCGGCCGCUUACAGGAUUAGCACACUCCCUGACUACAGCGAUUUGGAUCCCAUCGCUAAGGAGGUCAUUCGAGUCGCUGGAAAGACUCAUGUUGUCUUUGCAACUGACUGGCCUCACACAAGAUUUGAGGGGUUGGAUAUCAAGCCCUGGAUGGAGAGAGUGCUGAGCUGGUGCGGAGGUGAUGAUCAUCUCAAAGAGCGGAUGUUUAGAGGAAAUGCUGAAGAUCUAUGGGAUGUCCAGAGGCUACCAAGGAAGGCAGACCAGUGA